UUAAUCAUACAAAUAAAAUUACCCUCACUCUUCCUUCUUCAACAAGAACGAACCAUCUCAACUCAAUUCCUAAUUCCCAAUUCCCAAUUCCCAAUUCCAUCCCCAAAUUAGGGCUUUCAUUCCCUCUCAGAGUUUUCAUGGACAAGAUCAGAAGAGCAUCGCAUGCGGGUUCUUGGUACACCGAUAACCCAAAGCAAUUAGAAGAAGAGCUUGAUGGAUGGCUCAGAGCAGCUGGUUUGAGUAAAUCUUCUGAUGUACGAGGAGUGAUUGCUCCGCAUGCAGGCUAUUCGUAUUCAGGUCGUGCUGCUGCCUAUGCAUUUGGAAACAUAGACCCAACAAACAUUUCCCGAGUAUUCCUUCUUGGUCCCUCUCACCACUAUUACACCCCAAAAUGUGCUCUUUCAGCAGCUACAGUUUACAAGACUCCAAUAGGGGACCUACCUAUUGAUUUGGAAGUCAUUGAGGAACUCAAAGCUACUGGAAAAUUUGAACUGAUGGAUCUUCGUGUUGAUGAGGCUGAACAUAGCAUGGAAAUGCACUUGCCAUAUCUUGCCAAAAUAUUUGAGGGGCAUCCAGUGAAAGUUGUGCCCAUUUUGGUUGGUGCUCUUAAUGCUGAAAAUGAAGCAAUGUACGGAAGGUUGUUAGCAAAAUAUGUUGAUGAUCCUAAAAAUUUCUUCUCCGUGUCCUCAGACUUCUGUCACUGGGGUUCUAGGUUCAAUUAUACACACUAUGAGAAGAAACAUGGGGCCAUACACAAAUCAAUUGAGGCCCUGGACAAGAUGGGCAUGGAUAUAAUAGAAACAGGAGAUCCAGAUGCAUUCAAAGAGUAUUUGCUGGAAUAUGACAACACUAUUUGUGGACGCCAUCCAAUUAGUGUUUUCCUUCAUAUGGUGAGGAACUGUUCCACAAAAAUCAAGAUCAAAUUCCUCCGCUACGAACAAUCAAGUCAAUGCAAAACAAUGAGAGACAGUAGUGUAAGCUAUGCAUCUGCAGCAGCAAAGGUGGAAGCUUGAAGAUGUAAGAAACGCUGUUCUGGUUCACUGGUGUGAGACUCGUAAUGAUUUAAAAAAAAAAAAAAACAAAACUCAUUUUGAAUCGAUUCUGAUGUCUUAAGUCAUCUACAUGUAUGCGUGAUGCUGAUAAUGAAACAUACUGCAAAUCUGUCUCCCUAUCGUCUUUGGAUUGUUCAUCGAGCAAAUCCCAUAUCAUCUUUGUUAUCCGUCAAACUUUGUGUGAUAUUCCCCUCAUUCACACGUACUUCAAUAUAUAUGCUUCCUUACC